UAAGAACAACUUUGCGUAUUAAAAAUCUAACUGAGAAGAAAGAAGAGAGAGUAAUAGUAUCUGUUAAUAAAAGAGAUAUUCAUGAUUUUUACAAAAUACUUCCUGGGAAAUUGAAAGAUUCGAGCACUUCCAAUUUGGAUACUUCUUCCAAUUCAAAUACUUUAGACAGCGAUUCAAGUAAUUCUUCCAUAUCUAGUUCAGAAAUAGAAAUUACACAUGCACAUAAGACUAGAGCAGUAAAGAAAUGCUUUAUUCGAAAGCGUAAAGUAAAAGGGCAAAGCCCAUUGCAAAGCAAUAAUGAGCCUCAGUAG